ACAGAAAAUAAAGAAUUUGUUUGACGACAAAAACCAUAAAUUUGCCCAACUGCAAACAACCAUUUUUUUCACAUCACACCCACAAAGAUCAAAGGAUCAUUCUGUGUAAAACUAAAACCUCUACAAUCUUUCACACAAAUGGGAUAAAUCCUCAUCGUGUUCAUCGUUUUUGAAAAGUUUGUUACUCGCUAAGUGGUCGAGAAUCCUCUGAUUUCUUCUCAAUUUCAUUCAAUCCCCCCAAUUCAAUCAAUCUGGCAAAUUUAGGGGGAAUAAAUUUGCGGCCUCGCUUGGCAUUGAAGCAAGCUCUAUCGGAGGACCCAGACGACGAAGAGUGCCGGCCGUGGCGCAGAAAGAUCUUAUUUUUCUCGCCGCAAUCGGUAACUAUGGCGUUCAAAUUCAGUUGGGUUUCGCUGUUGAAGAUUUCGCUACUUCUCCUGCUGAUUGGGGCUAUUUUAGUUGCUUGCUUCACUCUCCCUGUCGAUAAGAUUCUAAAAGAUUUCUUAGUAUGGAUAGAGCAAGAUCUUGGUGCUUGGGGUCCCCUAGUGCUGGCUAUUGCAUACAUUCCUUUAACGGUGUUGGCUGUUCCAGCUUCUAUACUGACGCUUGGUGGUGGAUAUCUCUUUGGCUUGCCUAUUGGAUUUUUUGCUGAUUCCAUCGGUGCAACAUUGGGCGCUGGGGCUGCAUUUCUUCUUGGGCGAACAAUAGGAAGAUCCUUUGUUAUUUCCAAGUUAAAAGAUUAUCCCAAGUUCCGAGCAGUUGCAAUUGCAAUCGAGAGAUCAGGGUUUAAGAUUGUGUUGUUGCUCCGGCUUGUUCCUCUACUUCCCUUCAACAUGUUGAACUACCUCUUGUCUGUGACUCCAGUACCUAUUGCUCAUUACAUGCUAGCGUCAUGGUUGGGCAUGAUGCCGAUCACUUUUGCAUUGGUGUAUGUGGGAACGACAUUAAAGGAUCUUUCGGAUGUAACUCAUGGAUGGCAUGAAUUCUCGAAAACCCGAUGGGCAUUUAUCUUCCUGGGUCUUGUGAUGUCUGUUGUGUUGAUAAUAUGCGUCACAAGAGUUGCAAAGGCUGCUUUAGAAAAGGCAUUGGCUGAAACCGGGGAAUGCCUAGACGGAGAUGCCAUGUCACAAUCGUUGCCUGUCAUGUCCAGUCCUUCCGUAAACCUCCACGAGCCACUUAUAAUCAAGAUUGAUACCGAUCAAGACAACCACGAACACUAGCUCAUUACGUGGAUCACACGCGGGUAUCCGGGCCCGGGACGAGGAUCUGGAACUGCACGGAGAAGCCCAUCGAGCUUCAAGUGAGAGUCGGGUCUAUACUGAAGAAGGUUCACACGUUGAAGGCCGGGUCAUCGAAGAGGUUGAAGAGCAAGAACAUCUACAAGGCCUACAUGCCUGCAAAGGCUAAGGGUGGUGGUGGUGGAGUCAAGAAUUUACUUUACUACUAUGAUGAGACAUGCCAUCCAUAUAUUUGGAUACAUGAUGCAGGGUGUGAUUUUUCUAGGAUGCUUAAGCAGCAAUAUAUUAGUCUCGAGGAUUUGAGAGAUUGCUCUGAGAUCAGAGUUUGUAGGGAUCAUCAGAGGGGAUGCAUUACGGUUCGUAAGAAAUCGAGGCCGGAUUUCUGUUGAGGUCUUUCUUUCUUUCUUUCUGUAUCGAGGGUUUAUGACGUGAACCGUGGCCGGAAUAAUUCGAGGUCAUAAGUUUGUUAGGUCUAGGUUUGAGUAAUUAGUCCCUUAGGCAAUGCUGAUGGAUUCUUGCUUCUUAGUGUGACAUUAUUCAUGUUCAUGUGAGAUGGGAUUUUUUUUUUUUUUUAAGUUUCUUGUUUCUUAUCUUUGUAAUUUGUCUGUGUUGUUUUGGGAAAUCUCGUGUAUUAUAGGAUUGAAUGAAAUGUGAGGGAAACAAAGGUUUUGAGAUGUAA